AAUAUUAUAUUUCCAUCAUAAUUCGGAUAUACUUCAUAGCAAUGAAGGCGGUGUAACUCUGCUUUGUGUAACUCAAGAGAUUGAGAAACAAGAACAACAAUAACAAGUUGAAGAGUAUAGCGGUUUCAAUGGCGGUGGAGUAUAAGUGCUGUGGAACGGAGUUUUUUAUACACAUAAUGAUAAUUGUGUUGCUUGUGAUAUUCGCUGGAAUGAUGUCAGGGCUCACCUUAGGCCUCAUGUCAUUGAGCCUUGUUGAUCUUGAAGUCCUUGCUAAGUCUGGUACUCCUCAGGAUCGCAAGCAUGCAGCGAAGAUAUUGCCUGUUGUCAGAAAUCAACACUUGUUGCUUUGUACCCUUCUGAUUUGCAAUGCUGCAGCCAUGGAGGCACUUCCAAUCUUUCUUGAUAGUCUUGUUAGUGCGUGGGGUGCUAUCGUUAUUUCGGUGACGUUAAUUCUUCUGUUUGGUGAGAUUAUACCCCAAUCAAUUUGUUCUCAGUAUGGUUUAGCAAUUGGUGCAAAAGUGGCUCCGGUUGUCCGUGUUCUUGUAUGGAUAUGUUUUCCUGUUGCUUAUCCAAUUAGCAAGUUGUUGGACUUUUUGCUGGGGCAUCGACAUGUAGCCCUUUUCCGCAGAGCUGAGUUGAAAACACUUGUAAGCUUGCAUGGCAAUGAGGCUGGAAAAGGUGGGGAACUGACACAUGAUGAAACAACAAUUAUUGCUGGGGCACUUGAACUCAGUGAGAAAACAGCCAGUGAUGCCAUGACUCCUAUAACUGAAACAUUCUCUAUUGAUAUUAAUUCAAAACUUGAUAGGGAUCUGAUGAAUCUAAUAUUGGAGAAAGGGCAUAGCAGAGUCCCUGUCUAUUAUGAGCAGCCUACAAAUAUUAUUGGACUUAUCCUGGUCAAGAAUUUACUGACAGUUGACCCAGAAGAUGAAGCACCUGUGAAGAGUGUGACCAUACGCAGAAUUCCAAGGGUUCCAGAAACGAUGCCACUGUAUGAUAUUUUGAAUGAGUUCCAGAAGGGUCAUAGCCACAUGGCUGUUGUUGUCAGACAUUGUGAGAAAACUGGGCAGCAGUCUUCCAACAAUAAUUCCAAUGACUCAGUGAGAGAUGUGAAGGUGGAAAUAAUUGAUGCUGAGAGGCCUCCUCAAGGGAGAAUUUUGAGAACCAAGAGGCCACUCAAUAAGUGGAAAAGCUUUCCAAACGGAAGUAAUUCCAUUAGGGGUAGUUCUCGAAGCAGAAAAUGGUCAAAACAUAUGUACUCAGAUAUUUUGGAAAUAGAUGGGAAUUCACUUCCAAAGCUCCCCGAAGAAGAAGAAGCUGUUGGAAUAAUUACAAUGGAAGAUGUCAUUGAAGAGCUUUUACAGGAGGAGAUCUUUGAUGAGACAGAUCAUCAUUUUGAAGACUCGGGACAAUGA